AUGUACUCAGCUAGCGUCAACCACAGGACAAUGGAGUACAGGAGCAGGCUGUCUCCUCAGAAUGUGGAAGCCUGGCAGCUCCAUGCAUUUCUUCAGAGGAUCUCAUUCAACAACAGCGCUGGAGAUGAAAUUACAUUAAAUGAACAUGGAGAACUGGCAUCUGGUUUUGAUAUUAGAAACUUGGUCACAUUCCCAAAUCAAUCCUACGCUAGGGUCAAAGUGGGAAGUCUGGAUCCACAGGCUCCUUCUGGAAAAGAGCUCACCAUCAAUGAGGACAGAAUCAAAUGGAUUAAAGACCUGGCUCAGGUGCCACCCCUUUCGGUGUGUAAUGCUUACUGUCCCCCUGGUAAUAUGAAGAAAAAGAAGGAGGGGAAGAAAUUUUGCUGCUAUGAUUGUGCUCCAUGUCCAGAUGGGAUGUUCUCAAAUGAGAAGGAAACUUGCAUCCAUUGCCCAAAAGAUAAGCAUUCGAACAAGGACCACAAUCACUGCAUCCCUAAGAUCUCAAAUUUCCUAGCCUUUGAUGACACUUUGGCUAUUGUUUCAACUUCCUCUGCACUUCUAUUGUCUCUGGUCACAGCUCUGGUGCUAGGCAUCUUCAUUAAGCACCGGGACACUGCCAUAGUCAAAGCCAACAACAGAAGUCUAACGUACAUUCUCCUCAUCUCCCUCCUCUUGUGUUUCCUCUGCUCUUUGCUGUUCAUCGGAAUGCCUAAUGAGGCAACUUGCCUUCUCCGACAAACAAGUUUUGGCACCAUCUUCUGUGUGGCCCUCUCUAGCAUCUUGGCCAAAACCAUUUCUGUCGUUUUGGCAUUUAUGGCUACCAAACCAGGAUCCAGGAUAAGGAAUUGGAUGGGGAAGAGACUGACUUAUUCCAUUGUCCUUUCCUGCUCCAUUGUUCAAGUAGGGAACUGCAUUCUCUGGCUGGCAACCUCUCCCCCAUUCCCAGAUUUGGACAUGCACUCAAUGACUGAACAAAUUAUACUGUUAUGCAAUGAAGGAUCCAUCACCAUGUUCUAUUCUGUGCUGGGCUACAUGGGCUUCCUGGCCAUUGUCAGCUUCAUUGUGGCCUUCCUAGCCAGAAAAUUGCCUGGCAGUUUCAAUGAAGCCAAGUUUAUCACCUUCAGCAUGCUGGUCUUUUGCAGUGUUUGGCUGUCCUUUGUUCCAACUUACUUAAGCACCAGAGGAAAAUACAUGGUGGCAGUGGAGAUUUUCUCCAUCUUGGCUUCCAGUUCUGGUUUACUGGGUUGCAUCUUUUCCCCAAAAUGUUACAUAAUUUUGGUGAAGCCUGAGCUCAACAACAGGGAACAGCUAAUACGAAGAAAGUAG